CCUCCCCAUUAGCAGACGACAUAUAGAAAAUAGAAGAUAAAAUACGGUACCGAUGCUGUUCUGGAACUAACUAAAAAUUUUUUCGAGGUAAUCAACAUCUAUCGUCAAGCAGCAGAAGCAGGCAGAUUACUCCAACCAAGAGGCCAAAGCCCUAUCCAAAUUGCCGGUCAUCAGGAUGGAGACAGAGGACGAGAUUUAUGCUAACGGUGGCGACGCUUCUAGCCGUACUAGGCCGGUUAUUAGCGGCGAGCAGCUCGACAUCGAAGCAUAUGCUGGAUUGUACACCGGAAGGACUAAAAUCACGCGUCUCCUUUUCAUAGCGGAUCACUGUGACAAUCCGGCGAUGCAGUUGGAGGCACUACGGAUGGCCUAUGAUGAAAUCAAGAAGGGCGAGAACACCCAACUCUUUCGUGAAGUCGUACAGAAAAUUGAUGGGAGACUUGGGCACAACUACGCGAUGGAUAGCGCGUGGUGCGAGACAGUUGAUCGAAGAGCUGAGCAGAGGAAGGAGAGGCUUGAGAAUGAACUGAAUGCCUACAGGACAAAUUUGAUCAAAGAAAGCAUAAGAAUGGGAUACAAUGAUUUUGGAGAUUUCUAUUAUGCUCAUGGUGCUCUUGGAGAUGCUUUUAAAAGUUAUGUUCGAACCCGUGAUUAUUGUACCACAUCGAAGCACAUUAUUCACAUGUGUAUGAGUGCAAUUCUUGUCAGCAUUGAGAUGGGUCAAUUUACUCAUGUUACAAGCUAUGUCAGCAAAGCAGAGCAAACGCCUGAGGCACUUGACCCUAUUACAAUUGCAAAACUACGAUGUGCUGCUGGUUUAGCUCAUCUGGAAGCCAAAAAGUACAAGCUUGCAGCACGGAAGUUCCUGGAAGUGGCUCCUGAAUUGGGAAACUCUUACACUGAAGUGAUUGCACCUCAAGAUGUUGCAACAUAUGGAGGACUCUGUGCGCUUGCAAGUUUUGAGCGGACAGAACUGAAGAACAAAGUUAUAGACAAUCUCAACUUCCGAAAUUUCUUGGAGUUGGUACCUGAAGUGAGAGAGCUUAUUCAUGAUUUCUACUCGAGCCAUUAUGCUUCAUGUUUGGAUUACCUGGGAAAUCUCAAAGCGAACCUACUGCUCGACAUCCAUUUGCAUGAUCACGUUGAGACAUUGUAUGAUCAAAUUCGUAACAAAGCCCUGAUUCAAUAUACACACCCAUUUGUGUCUGUUGAUUUGCACAUGAUGGCAAACGCUUUCAAAACAAGUGUUGCUGGGCUAGAAAAAGAACUUGAAGCCUUGAUUACUGACAAUCAAAUACAGGCACGAAUUGAUUCGCACAACAAAAUUCUUUAUGCACGUCAUGCAGAUCAAAGGAAUGCCACUUUUCAACGGGUUCUACAAACUGGCAGUGAAUUUGACAGGGAUGUUCGAGCAAUGCUACUGAGGGCAAAUCUUAUCAAGCAUGAAUAUAAUCUUAGGACUUCUAGGAAACUUUGAAUUUCUAAUUCGGAUGCAGCUUUGACUCUAGCAGAGCUAAAGUAGCUGAUUCCACUCAACUACACAAAAUCAGAUGACAGAUUUGGGACAAUGAGGGGCCAGCAUUGUUUCGAUUAGUUUCUUGAGCUGUCCAAGAGUGUAUAUUGCAUGCUAGGGCAUUUUGAGGCUUGAAUUUGUCAUUCAAUUGGAAUGAUGAAGCACGGUGAGCAUUUUCUUGUUUAGUUUUGCAGAGCCAUCCCUGACAGUAAAUUUGCAUUUUGAGGAUUACAGGAUAAAUUAUGCAACAGUUGCCGUUAUUUGAUGGCGGUUGUAUAUACUUGGUUCCAUUUCGAAGUUGCAACUAUUGAUUUGUUUGUCGCAUCAUUUCUUGUAUAGUUUUAUUUUUCAUUUAUCUUGUUCAUCUGUGCCGUAUAUUAUUACCAAUUGAACAACAUGUGAAUAUGUGAUUUGCCUCA